GGCGGUGCGUGCGCAUGACGCGGGGGGAGGGCCCGGGCCGCGCGCUCCCGGUCCCGUUGUUGUUGCCGCUGGAGGCUGCGCUGAGGCAGUGGGAUCGCGGUGCCGGGAAGGGCCCGGCGGCGGCCACAGCGUGUGCGGCGGCGCCUUCUGCCCUCGGCCUCCGGCCCCAUGCACUAGCCCCGCGCCGCCCGCUCUGUAGUCCCGGCCCCGCCAGCCCUGCACGCCUGCUCGCCGCCGCCCCUGCGCCGUCCCGGGCCCGGCUCAGGCCCGCCUCGGGCCCCGCGGCUCCGGAGCCAUGAACUUCCAGGCUGGCGGGGGACAGAGCCCGCAGCAGCAGCAGAGCCUGGCGGCUCCGGGGGGCGGCGGCGGCGGCGGCGGGGGUGCCGGUGGCAGCGGGCAGUUCGGGGGCUCGGGGCCGGGGGCGGGGGGCGGCGGCCCUUCGCAGCAGCUGGCCGGCGGGCCGCCCCAGCAGUUCGCGCUCUCCAACUCGGCGGCCAUCCGCGCGGAGAUCCAGCGUUUUGAGUCGGUGCAUCCCAACAUCUACGCCAUCUACGAUUUGAUCGAGCGCAUCGAGGAUUUGGCGCUGCAGAACCAGAUCCGGGAGCACGUCAUCUCCAUCGAGGACUCAUUUGUGAACAGCCAGGAGUGGACGCUAAGCCGCUCAGUGCCAGAGCUUAAAGUGGGCAUAGUGGGAAACUUGUCCAGUGGAAAGUCGGCUCUGGUGCACCGCUAUCUCACAGGAACCUAUGUCCAAGAGGAAUCCCCAGAAGGCGGUCGGUUUAAGAAGGAGAUCGUGGUGGAUGGUCAGAGUUACCUGCUGCUGAUCCGAGAUGAAGGUGGCCCUCCGGAGCUCCAGUUUGCAGCCUGGGUAGACGCCGUGGUAUUUGUGUUCAGCCUGGAGGAUGAGAUCAGCUUCCAGACAGUGUACAACUACUUCCUGCGGCUCUGCAGCUUCCGAAAUGCCAGCGAGGUGCCCAUGGUGCUGGUGGGCACACAGGACGCCAUAAGUGCUGCCAACCCCCGGGUCAUUGACGAUGGCCGGGCCCGCAAACUCUCCACGGACCUGAAACGCUGCACCUAUUAUGAGACGUGUGCAACCUACGGGCUCAACGUGGAGCGCGUCUUCCAGGACGUGGCCCAGAAAGUGGUGGCCUUGCGGAAGAAGCAGCAGCUUGCUAUCGGGCCCUGCAAAUCUCUGCCCAACUCGCCCAGCCACUCGGCUGUGUCCGCCGCCUCCAUCCCGGCCGUGCACAUCAACCAGGCCACAAAUGGCGGCAGCAGCGCCUUCAGCGACUACUCGUCCUCAGUCCCCUCUACCCCCAGCAUCAGCCAGCGGGAACUGCGCAUCGAGACCAUCGCUGCCUCCUCCACCCCCACGCCCAUCCGCAAGCAGUCCAAGCGGCGCUCCAACAUCUUCACGUCUCGAAAGGGGGCUGACCUGGACCGGGACAAGAAGGCUGCCGAGUGCAAGGUGGACAGCAUCGGGAGCGGCCGGGCCAUCCCCAUUAAGCAGGGGAUCUUGCUGAAGCGGAGCGGCAAGUCUCUGAACAAGGAGUGGAAAAAGAAGUACGUGACGCUGUGUGACAACGGGCUGCUCACCUACCACCCCAGCCUGCAUGAUUACAUGCAGAACAUCCAUGGCAAGGAGAUCGAUCUGCUGCGGACGACAGUGAAGGUACCAGGGAAGCGUCUACCCCGAGCCACACCGGCCACAGCCCCAGGCACCAGCCCAAGAGCCAACGGGCUGCCCUUGGAGCGGAGCAACACGCAACUGGGUGGGGGCCCAGGUGCCCCCCACUCGGCCAGCAGCGCUUCCCUGCACUCCGAGCGCACCCUCAGCAGCUCGGCCUGGGCAGGCCCACGCCCUGAGGGGCUGCACCAGCGCUCUUGCUCCGUCUCCAGCGCCGACCAGUGGAGCAUGCAGCACCCCGCGGGUGGCACGGCUGACGUGCUCAGUUCCAGCCCCAAGCUGGAACCUCCCCCAUCUCCCCACUCCAACCGGAAGAAGCACCGUUGGAAAAAGAGCGCCGGGAACCCCCGACCAGACGGCCCCAGCAGUGCUGCCGAAGAGGCAGAGGAGUCCUUCGAGUUCGUGGUGGUGUCCCUCACCGGGCAGACGUGGCACUUCGAGGCCUCGACGGCGGAGGAGCGGGAACUGUGGGUGCAGAGCGUGCAGGCCCAGAUCCUCGCCAGCCUGCAGGGCUGCCGUAGCGCCAAAGACAAGGCCCGCUUGGGGAAUCAGAAUGCAGCUCUGGCCGUGCAGGCUGUCCGAACCGUGCGCGGCAACAGCUUCUGUAUCGACUGUGAUGCCCCCAAUCCCGAUUGGGCCAGCCUGAACCUGGGUGCCCUAAUGUGUAUCGAGUGCUCGGGGAUCCACCGCCACCUGGGGGCUCACCUGUCCCGGGUCCGCUCCCUGGACCUGGACGACUGGCCACCCGAGCUGCUGGGCGUGAUGACAGCCAUGGGCAAUGCCCUGGCCAACAGUGUCUGGGAAGGGGCUGUGGAUGGCUAUGCAAAGCCGGGGCCUGAAGCCUGCAGAGAGGAGAAGGAGCGCUGGAUCCGGGCCAAGUACGAGCAGAAGCUCUUCCUGGCCCCACUGCCCAGCUCGGAUGUGCCGCUGGGGCAGCAGCUGCUCCGGGCCGUGGUGGAGGACGACCUGCGGCUGCUGGUGAUGCUGCUGGCCCACGGGUCCAAGGAGGAGGUGAACGAGACCUACGGCGACGGCGAUGGGCGGACGGCCCUGCACCUGUCCAGCGCCAUGGCCAAUGUGGUCUUCACACAGCUGCUCAUCUGGUACGGCGUGGAUGUGAGGAGCCGGGAUGCGCGGGGCCUGACUCCGCUGGCCUACGCCCGCCGCGCUGGCAGCCAGGAGUGCGCGGACAUCUUGAUCCAGCACGGCUGCCCUGGGGAGGGCUGCGGCCUGGCACCCACACCCAGCAGAGAGCCCGCCAACGGCCCCAGUACCUCUGCCGAGCUGCACCGCAGCCCCAGCCUCCUAUGAGGUCCAGGAAGCGAGCAAAGGGCCCGAAGGACUCCGUGGCCUAGGACCCACCUCCCUGCAGGUGCUGGGGGAGGCAGAGGCACAGAGACGAGAAGCAAGGACAUGCACAGAAGGGAGAGAGUCAGAGGGAGCCAAGCAGAGGUCUGAGUUCACGCCACUGCAGACAGGGAGGGUGGCAUUCAGCCCUCAGCACUUCGGUGCCAUUGAGAAGGGACAGGACAUUUUGGAGGCGCCCGGGAGGAGAGGGGGGCAGGACCUCUCCCUCCUCCAGACCCCCGCCUCCUCGGGCCAGCCCUGCCAGCCUUCACCCUGAGGUGGGGAAGGGCUGGGCACAGGAUGGGGGUGCUGGAUGAAAGAGACCAGGGCCCAGCAGGGGUCGGGGUCCCGUGUAAAAUCUGUAUAUUGGAAUAUUUAUGUUUGUGUACAGACUUGGUGUGUGUGUGAUGAGCCAAUAAAGCAGACUGCGUGUGGC